GGACGGUUAGAUUUCUUUCGGGAGCUUCGGCCCCUCCUCUCUAAUCGUCUCUCUUUUUGCUCCUCUGCCUUUUUGUUCUCUGCAUCUGGUUUGGGGAAUAUUUCUAGGUCUCUUUUCUGCACAUUCUAAUGGUCUCCUGUCAAGAUCCCUUCCCUUGGAGGUUAUUCAUCGCCUUGCUUACAGAUGGACACUGCUAUGAGGCGUUGGAUUUUACAUAGAGUGGAAAGUACCAGUGACAGCCUUGUUUCAAAUUUAUUGACUCUCUACUUCCUCAAAAUGUUAACAACUACAUAUCAAUCCCAGGAAAUCUGCCUUUAGUGACAUAAAGCAUGAAUCUUGUUAUGUUCCCUUUAUCACAUGGAAAAAGCCGGGGUAGCCACGGCCUACAAACUUGGUGAUCCAAGCACUUCUGACAUAUUAGUUCGCUUGAGAAAUAGAGAAGGGAGACCAGAAUGGUUCUGUGCCCACUCCUCUAUUCUUAUGAAAAAGAGCAAGUUUUUUGCAGAUAGCCUCUCAAGAGUCAAUUCUACUAAAUGUGUUGAGGUUCAAUGUUCAGAAUUUGGAUAUGAUCAGUAUGUUAAGCUUUUGAAGUUGCUUUAUCUCUCCAACGAUUUGCUUCUGGACUCGUGGGACUCUGUCAAAACUGCUCUUGGUAUUCUUCAGGUAGCAGUUGCUUUACACUGUGAAGAAAUCACUCAGAGCUGCAUCCAGUACUUGGAGGCUGUCCCUUGGGAGGAUAAGGAAGAGGAGGAGAUAUUGAAAGUAGUUUCUAGACUAGGUCCAAUAGCCAUGCCUAUAUUAGCCAGGAUCCAACCUGUUGAUCUAAAUGCUACUAAGAAUGUUUUCCUCUCUGCAAUUCGCUUUGCCACGUCUAACGGUGGACCAUGCCCUCAUUUUGCAGAUGACUUAAAAGUUUCUGCUAGGGAACAAGUAGAAUACAUGUUAAUGGAAGAUGAAGAUACACCAUUUAUCACAGCUGAUGAAGAAGUAAAAUCUGAGAUAAGGACAUGCCUUUGCAAGAUAUUCUCCUCGUUUGAGAAGGAGCUGGGUUCCUUGCUGGAGGCUGACUUGUCAUCUGAGACAGCAGAAGUUAAAGCCUUGCCAAGUUUGUCAGACCUUGAUUGGAUGUGUAACAUACUUCCUAAAAUGGAUCUGAUGAAGGAUUUUGUUUCCAGCUGGGUUGAGAUCUCUUGUAAUAUCUUGGCAGUAAUUCAAGACAAGAAAUUCGAUUCCACUCUGUGGGGUGUGAAAGUAAAGCUGAUAGAGGUGGUUGGAAAGGUGUUGGAUGCUGUUGGCUUUGGGAAUGUGAUUCUUCCAACACCGGCCAGGGUCCAUCUGCUAAAAAUAUGGCUCCCAUAUAUAAGGAGGAUGAAGCCUUUGCUAGAUUUGCAGGGCAGUGAGGAGAUGGGUUUUCCAUAUAAGAUGGAUGAAGACUUGUGCCAGAACAUCGAGGCAGCAAUUGUCUCCCUGGUGCUGGCAUUGCCUUCAAAUGACCAAGCUGAUAUUCUAGUAGACUGGAUGCAGACCGAGCAGGUAAGAUAUCCUGACCUGAGUGAGGCUUUUGAAGUAUGGUGUUACAGAACUAAGGCUGCAAAGAGAAGAUUGGUGGUUGGCCUUAAUGGAAUUGACAAUGGCACUGUCAGUCUUUGAUAAUUCAUCCAAUUUUAUUGCAACAUUGUUAAUCAGAUUGUAUGAGUAAUGUUCAUUAUGUUGUUGUAUUAUUACAUAAAUUGAGCUCCAUCUCUUCCAUGCAUUUUCUCAUCCCCUUCUUUUGAGGGAUCUCCGAUGGUGAAAAGUCUUAUAAUGUUUCAUAAAUAUUUCUGGCUCAUCUACCGUUGAUCUAGACUGUAUUAUAUUAUUAGAUUGUUCCAAUA